AUAUAUCUUUAUACUUACAAAAACACCUCUUGGGUCUAUACUCUAUACCAAAAGUAGUACUAUUUCAAUGGCUGAUCACCAAAAAAUCCAUCCGGCCCCAGUUCAACCCAUGACCGAUCUCGAGUCACAACAAAAGCCCACUGCACCAUUAGUCCCAAAAGGCUCAUCCAAGUCCGAUAAUAAUGCCAACCCGGUCGAACCAUUCCCACCACACCACCGAACCAUUCCACUUAAAUAUGCCAAACCACCAAAGAAAAGAGGCUGCUGUUGUAAACUGUUUUGUUGGAUAUUAUUUUUUCUGAUACUAAUACUAGUCAUUUUAGGCAUUUUAGCAGCCAUUGUCUAUUUUGGUUUUGACCCGAAAAUACCAAAAUAUUCAGUUGAUGGUAUGACCAUUACCCGGUUUAGCCUAGACAAUGAUAGUAACUUAAAUGCACAAUUUAAUGUAAACAUUACUGCAAGAAAUCCCAACUCGAAAAUCGGGAUAUAUUAUGAAGGUGGAUCAAAGUUGAGUGUGAGUUACAUGGGAACAAAACUUUGUGAAGGUUCAUUGCCUAAAUUUUAUCAGGGUCAUAAAAACACUACACUUUUAGACGUGGCUUUAAACGGUCAGACUCGUUCUGCUACGGGUUUGAUGGACUCGUUAAGGGCUCAACAACAGACAGGAACUGUUCCAUUGGUUGUGAGGGCUAAGGUUCCUGUUAGGAUUAAGCUUGGAAAGUUGAAGUUGCCAAAAUGGAAGCCAGUUGUUAGGUGCAGGCUUAAUGUGAAUAGCUUAUCUGUGGAUAAUGCCAUUAGGAUUACCGAUAAUAGUUGCAGUUUUAAGUUUAAGUUUUAAUUAUUUUCUUAAUUUUUUGAUUUUUUGUUCUGUUGUUAAUAUCACUAUGAUCUAUCCAUGCUUUAGCUAGUGUGAGUUAUUCUUAUACAUAUUUGAGAUAAUAAAGAUAUAUUUUUUCCCUUUU